CUCCAUCCUUAGCUUUGCCUUGUGCAGUGCACUCUACAUUGGACACACAUGUUGCUCCUGUAAGUUGUGGCGGACAGUGAACAUUGGAACAAACGAGGAACCGGUAAUGGAGUCUGCAGGAGACGGCCAUUCCAUGAAAGGUGUAGACAGGACGGAGGUCGAAAGGCAGGCAGAGGUGGCAGGGAACAGUCGGGGCAAUCGUGUGAGAAUGGACGGGAAUGCGGUGAACUAUUGGGAGGAGGCACUGUUUGUGCUGAGUCACAAGCUCGAUCGGCACUCCCUUGAGAGGAAUCUCCCAUCUGCAGUCUUGUUUGCUCGUCAGCAUCUCAAAUGCGGUCAUUCCAUUUUCAUUUGCUGCAGGGAUGGUGUUGAUUACAGUGUAGCUGUCUGCCUGGCUAUCCUGGUUUCCUGUUUCAAUGACCAUGGAGUGUUGUUUGGUGAUUCAGAACAGGAAAUGGCUGCUCCUGCUGCUGUGACAACAAAAGCAAGCUUGCGACGACGACUGGCGUAUUUGGCUGCAUAUGACCCAGAUGCCAGACCUUGCCGUGGAAACCUUAAGCAAGUGUACCACUACUUAUCCACUCCUGCUCAGACUCGCCAUGACCAUUCAUCGAUGCGAAGAGAGGAUAGAUAGAAUGAAUCAGGGCAAGAGGACAAGGGAGCUACCCAACCCGUCUCGUGGCUGAACUGUACACAGAGGUGUGGGAGCGAAGACGCAGUGGGCCAACAAGGAUGUGGAUAGAGGUCGGUGGCGAAAGGGGUGUGCAGAUUUCAAUACAGAGAUGACUUAUCCCAGGGGAACAAAAACCAGCAAUCUAG